ACAACACAGUAUUACCAUCCCCGAAGUACCGCUGACAUCUCAGAGGAGUCCUCGCAAGAAAAAAAAACAUGACGGCAAAAAACCGAAACAAACAAAGCUCCGCGGUGAAGGCUGUUGCUCCAGCAGCCACCCAGGACGAUGCCCCGCGGAAAAGCCAGAAAAGCCCCGCUAACGGGGCCGGUGGCGGUCCGGCGCCCCAGCCGUCCGGGUCGGGCAUCUGCCUCAAACUCGCGUCCGCUCUGUUUUACGUCGCGCUGGCCGCCGCCGUGGGCUUCUCCGCCUUCUACCUGCAGAAGAUGCUGGAGGAGGUCCACCAGCUCCGCCUGCAACACGGGGAGCGGGCACGGGAAAACACGGAGCUGGCGGAGAAAAUGGAGAGCGCCGUGCAACAGGUGGAGUCUCUGAGGAGCGUGGUGGACGGGCUGGAGUCGGCGCUGGGUGUCACACGGGUGGAACUGGAGGGGGCCACCGGCAGACUGAAGAGAAGCGAGGUAGAGACGCGGAGGGUGGAGGAGGCCCUCCAAAAGCUCCAGAACGACUUGCUCAGGGACCUUUCGGAGGGCAUCAGUGAGGUGAAAGAGGCCCGCGAGAGGGACUUCUCUUCCUUGGAGACAACAGUAGAGGACCGCCUGGCCGAGCUGAGUCGGUCGAUCGCGGCAAGCGUGGCGGAGUUCACCGAGGCUCAGGGGGAGGUGCAGGGCCAGCUGGCUGACGUCAAGUCACGUCUGGGUGAAAUGGAGGAACCAGCGCUGAUAAAACAGGAAUUGUCGGCCAUCGUCAACACCGUGGCUCAACUCAGCACAGCCAGGCAGGUUGCUGAGGCCUCAGGUGAUUUACUCAGGGAACAGAUAGGCAUAGUGAGGGCGGAGCUCCAGACCCGCAACCAGGAGGUGUCCUCACUAUCCGAAGAAGUGGAGGCAGUGAGGACAAUGGUGCAAGAAACAGUCGGGAACCUGAAACAGUCGGUGACCGCGGCAGAGGCUAACACUCAGGUGUUGAAUGACCAAGCCCUUACGCUGGAGGGUGAGGUCAAACAGAUCAGUGAGGCCGUUCACACUGUACAGGAGGAAAUGCAGGUAGCAGCUGCACAGACCCAGAAAAGGUCAUAUGAACUGGAAGUCAGAAUAAAAGCAGACGAGGACAGCGGAGAGUCAAUGGCAGUCUCAGUGUCAGCGCUCACCUCCAAAGUUGAGUCCCUACUUGCCAAGUAUGACUCCUAUGAAAGCACCCUGGCUGCACAAGGCCAGGCUGGGGAGAAGGCCAGGGCCAGGUUGGAGAACGAGCUAGAGGCAUUGAAGAGUGGCUUGGAGGAGUUCCAGUCCAACUUGGCUGCGCUGGGAGGUGCCCAGUCCAAACUGGCUUCCAGAGACUCCAGUUUAGGUGAGCAGGUGGAGGAGCUGGAGAAGAGGCUUGUUGCCCUGGAGGGCAGUAACAAGACAGGCAGCAACACCCUGGAGGAGCUGGAAAAGCUAAGAGGCAUGGUGGAUGGCUGGAAAGAGAAAGCGGUCAAACUGGAGGGUCAUGAGAAAGCUAUUUCUGCCCUCCAGGAUGCACUGAAGAAAACUACAAUGUCACUAGCAACUUUAUCCAGAGCUCCUGGCAAGAAUAAAAACUAGCGGCAAGUAGUUAGCAAUAAGACAUCAAGACAUUAAAAACAUCUCGAUGCCAUCCAUUGACAAGAACUGAUGCUGUCAGGGGACCAUUACCCGCUCUUCAUCAUCUCACAGAGAUGUACUGAAAUGAUUACUGUUGUUUAGAGCUUGACGGCUGAUGUUAUCUUAGUUAUCAGGAGAAUGUGGGGGGGGGGGGGACCGCUGUUCUGUGAAAUCAAUGUAACACCCACACUGCACUGUUGUUUCGUUUUGUUUUUGUCAUUGUAUGUUUGAGUUUCUGUUCAAAGGUGGUUUUCAGGAACCCAAAUGCAAUAAGCUCGUUGCGAGCGUGCCAAGGUUUACCGUUUUUUUUUAUUUUAUUUUUUAUGUUUUUAACAAAAAUUAAAAAAAUAAAAAAAUCUUCCAACCUCAGUGUUGUGCAGAUGUUUUUGAAGGCAUAGACAGAAAGAGUCUUGUAUUCCACCAAAACUGAACAUUUCAUAUUUUGUAAGUAUACUCAAGUUGAUCACACGCGGGCGUCCGGGUGGCUUGGCGGUCUAUUCCGUUGCCUACCAACACGGGGAUCGCUGGUUGGAAUCCCCGUGUUACCUCCGGCUUGGUCGGGCGUCCCUACAGACACAAUUGGCUGUGUCUGUGGGUGGUAAGCCGGAUGUGGGUAUGUGUCCUGGUUGGUCGAGGCGCCUGUUCGGAGGGGGGACUCGGAGGAAUAGCAUGA